UUUUAAAAUAUUUCUAAUUCCUAUAUUAUUUUUAUUUGUACCGUAUUGUAUUCUCAUUUUAAUUUUUAAAUAAACUUAAUUAUCUAAUUAUUAGAAUAUCAAUAAUGAUAUGUUAUCUGAAUUGCUACACUCCCUAUUCAAGGGCUAACGUCCUAUAUUAUUUUACACAUUAUGCUAACUGGACAGAUUCUAUUACUUGAAGAAACAUAUGCCAAUAUUAAUAGCAAUUUAUCUCGAGACGUCAAUACUGUUGUCUGGAACGUCCGCUUAAUCAAGUUUAUAACUAUUGAUGGUGGACUAUGUUGUUAAUUGUUCUUUAAAAUAUGGUUGAAUUUGGUAUUUUCAAUGUAUUAACUCAACAGAUAUCUUAUUACUCAUAUUCUAAUAUAAUUGUCACAGUCACUUGAAUGUACCUUCAUUUUAAUCAUUUCCAGAGGACGUUUACUGAUAAAUAUAAUGCUACUUAAUUGAUAAUAUUGUUGGUACAAUGUUUUAAAACGAUCCUGUACUGGUGAAUUAAGGAUUUGUUUUAAAGUGCAAAUAUGAUACUAAUUAGCUUCAUACGCUUGGAUAUAAUCAAUGGAAACCAGAGAAACUUUUGAUUUAAUACUGGGAGCUAGAAAUGAAUGUUAGUUGAAAUAAUACCAUUGAUUGCGAAUAUCAUGAAUGGGGAGUCAAUUCUCCAUUACGAUCGACUUUCAACAACAAUGAAAGUCGUUAGAUAUUUAACUGGUGUAGAAUAUUUUAAACAAUUUUAAAAUGCAGCUACAAUAACAAUAGGAAACUGAAUCAUCUCCUAGGAUGGUGAAAAGGAGUAUCGGUUUUUCAUACGUUCUUGAACCUUAUUUACUUGGCCUAUCUUGCCUUAUUGGCACUGAUCAAUUCGAAAUUUUAUUCUACGACACUAAAGCUUCAAUUAAGUUUCAGUAUGUUAUAUUGGUUACCACAUCCGUUCUAACACUAAUAGGAUGCGGUAUCAUUAACCUAGAGAAUAAUUUUAUUUUUAAUAUUUUCUACUUCUCAUAUACUAUUCUUUUGGUUGUAAUUCAUUUGGCAAGGUCUCGGUUUGUUUUUUCUAUAUUAUUUGGUAUUGUUUUCUUGGUUUUAGGUUACUUUUUACUUGAGUUAAAAACAGAUAACUUUGCAAAUUAUUUCAUUUUACAUGUUGGGGUGUUGCAUUUCUUGAUUAUUGUAUUUGUUAAAGAUCGAAUUCACUCACCUUUUAUUAUAACAUUACACACUAUAGGGAUAUCCUAUUCAAUGACACUCAUUAUAGUAUACUCUUGCUCAUACUACUCCAAAUACAAAUCCGGGUUAGGAUGGUUUAUUAACGGCUUAUUGUCAGCCCUUUUGUUACCAUCUAUUUUAUGGUAUUUUCUAAAUAAAAGUGAAUACCACGACGUAAAUAUGCGGUCGUUUUCUGAGAGUUUAGCUUUAUUAAGGUUCCUUUUCUGUUUUAUAUCAUUCCUUAUGAAGCACACUAUGGGACAGGCAAAAUUUUAUAUCGAAUCAAAGGAGGAAAUUUACUUUGAGGGGAUAAAAGAAAAUUUUACAAAAGGAGUUAAAGACAUUCGAGAAUAUUUCCCCAAAAUUACUGAUCAUUUUAAAGAAUUAUUUCGGCACGUAGAAAAGGUGUUUUCUUACUCAGACAGCCAAAAUAAAGAAGGCAAUUUAGAACAGAUUUGUCUUUAUAUAGCCUAUUUUUUCAAGGUAACUACUUUCCUAUUUAUGUUUUCUGCAGCAAUUAUUUUAAAAAAAUCGCCUCUAAUCCACAUAUUAUAUUAUCCUUACUCAAAUUACCAAAAAAUACUCCUUUAUAAUAUUAUAAGGGCCUCUCAGCUUAUUGGGAGCUGUUUUGGCGUUGCAUAUCCAGCGUCUGAGACCCCAAAUCAUCGAAACUUCUACUCAAUCACAUUUUUUGUUAAUGUUUCGCAUUUUAUUCUUUCUGUUAGACUCGCUUAUGUUGGCCAAUCCUUAUCUUUACACACUUUGUACGCCUUAGCUUCUUUGUCAGGUUUUGCUCUGGGAUACACAUUUUCCUACUCAUUAGUAGCAUUCUCAAACAGCGCAUUAAUUCAAACUUGCUCUGAUCAAGAGAGAGUAAAAAUACUUCCUGGGAUAAAUGAAAACAUUAUCCCGUGUUGCGGUGAAAAGUUCAAUAACCAAUGUUAUUGUAGGCAUGAUGUAUUUGAUACACCAAUAUUUCGUUUCCCCAAGCCAUUUAUAUGUUCUAAAUUUAUUAAAAAAUGUAAAUAUUUAAAGUAUGACCCGGAUGGAAAUUGUGCAAUAAUAAUAUUUGUUAAAGACACAGAUUUAGCGCAAUGUUGUACAACUUCUUGCCAAAACGGAUGCACCAGAGAAAAUAAUUCUAAGUGCCUGAAGUUGAUUGGAAUAUACACACUUGACGCUGUUACAACAAGUGCAUGCCGUGACUGCCAACUAACAGUAAGACUUGAGGGUAAGUGUUAUGGAAAUUCCAGGUGUUUUUUAUGUACAUCGGGAGCUUCCGGGGGAGAAUGCACAUGUAAUGGUAAAAAAUUUUGUUGUUUAUGUUUCAAAUGUUCUACUGACAGAACCACAAAUUGUUCUUGCUGUACUAAUUGUGGUCCCGGAAAAUGUUGUUGCAUAAAAUUAUGCUCUUGUGAAGGCAGAUGUGCGAGUAGUAAUGGCGGAUGUAAUUGCGGGAACCAACAAACUAAUAACAAUGGUUGCAAAGACGGAAAGAUAAACAUAAAGGACAUAUCUCAAACAACAUACCAUGUUGGUACUAGAGUUUUCAUAGCUUUCAAAAAUGGAGAAACUCAAAAUUGUUGUUUAAAGGAAAUAAAACCUGACGAAGUCGAUUUUGAUGGUCGGUUGGAGAAAGAGGAGAAAUUCGAGAAAUUGGGGAUUUUUGAUAUACAAGGAAUAACAUUAACUGAUUGUUGUCAUGCCGAUAUGAGGAUUGACUUGCAUUGUUCAAUUAAAAAUAACUACUUUAGACUUAAAGGAGUUAAUUAUAAAAUGAAGUUUGUUAAACCAACGUCGUUAGUCCUUUACAAUAGAUUAAUAGUCUGCUGCAAAAAUGGAGAAACAAACAAGUGUUGUUGCCUAUUCCGAGAACAUACCAAACUUUUUUUGCUUUAUGAAAAUUGUGAACCAAAGAUUUGUCAAACCAGGAAUCAAGUUAGUUCAGGGGAAUCUUGUGCGUGUGGAAUUUGUAAAUCUCUUUGCCAACUAAAAUUGAAUACGUCCAGUGCAUUUGUUGAAAGAGUGGAUAAGUUUAGAGUUAAGUUGAUUGUUAUAUCAUUUCUUCUAUUUGGACUGGUAUACUUGACGGUACUUUUAUACACUUUGAUCAUUGAAUGUAAAAAUCUCCCAAAACAUUUUGAUCCCAGAGCGACCUAUGAUCAAAUAGACGAAUUGACAAAAAAGAAAAAGUUUAACUCAGUAGAUCAAGUGAGUGAAAGAUUAACUUACCUAAUCGAUUUGAACAGAUUAGUUGAAAAUGCCAAUGCUGAAAAGAUUACUCAUUUGAAGAAAAUGAGUGAAGCAUUGAGCAGAUAUAUGAAUGAAGUGGAACACCUAAGAGUGGUCAGGAACAUGGAAGAUAAGCCGUCAGCAUUCCUGUCCAAAUCAAAUAGACAAGAGUUUGUAAAUCUUGAUAAACAACUAAUAUUGUGGAGUUGCUGGGUAGGAUUUUUUUAUGGUUACGCUUUUCCGCUAUUCAUUUACAUUCAAGACUUCUUCAUUAAAUGGGAAACGAUGUGGAAUGUUGAACAUGAAAAUUAUAUAAGAUUUACUAAACCUAAGCUCAACAAAAUAUCACACACAUCCAAGUACUCACUAACACUUCAGAAUGUGUUGAUCCACACAGAAAAGUCUGUUAGGUCCAUUGGGAUAACCAGAACACUGUCCUGGAUUAAUCUUAAAGAGGAGCUCAGAUUGUUAACGGAACUGGAUGAUAUUGAGAAGGAAUUUGACAACCAACCACUACCAGAAAGUAUAGGAGAAAGACUAGAGUAUUUUAUAGAUAUGUGGACCCACAGAAGAAGAUAUUUGGGAAAUUGGAUUAUCAACAAAACCAACGUAUUUAAUUGGGAAGGCUUCAGAGUGGAUUAUGAAGAGAUAGAAGACUGGAUUGAGAUUGUUUCACCUUACUUGAAGCUUGGUAAUGAAUUCUUCAAUAUCUCUCCCAAGGAAUUUAAUAAGGGCACUGAAAUAUACGGAAAACCGCUUGUAAUAUAA